AUGGCAAAUACUGAGACAGCAGCACCAAAGCUUCCCAUCAUUGACCUACGAGGCUUGAUCUUUGGAACAAGCUCGUGGAUUUCAACAUGCAAAGAAAUCCGAAGAGCCCUAGAAGAAUACGGUUAUUUCGUGGCGCUUUCGGACAUUGUAUCAGAUGAUCUUCAAGAUGAUGUUUUUAAGUGUCUUAAGGAUCUGUUUAGCUUGCCAUCGGAGAUCAAAUCCAAGAAUAUCUCCGACAAGCCUUUCCAUGGUUACUUCGGACGGAGACCUUUAUCUCCUCUAAUGGAGAGCCUGGGAAUUGAAAACCCCAAUUAUCUUCAAUCAGUUCAAGAUUUUGCUGCUCUAAUGUGGCCCCAAGGAAAUCAUUCCUUCUGUGAGACUAUUCAUAAGUACGGAAAUAUAACCAUUGGACUAGAAGAAAUGGUGACAAGAAUGUUGUUUGAUAGUUACGGCAUAGAGAAGAAACAAUGUGAGGCACACAUUGAAUCAAUAAACUACCUUUUUAGAGUGUUGGAAUACAAACCACCUAAGGCAUGUGAAGUCGGAAAAGGCACUUUCGCUCAUACUGACAAGGACUUUCUGACAGUUAUUCAGUGUCAAACAAGUGGUUUAGAGGUGAAAACAAAGACGGGGGUUUGGUUAUCUGUCGAUCUUCCUCCUUCAUCUUUCUUCGUCAUGGCUGGAGAGGCUUGCAAGGUAAAAUUAGGGUUUCUUUUAACAUUUUGUUCAUUUAAGAGAUUAAUUGUAAUUAAGUUGGUUAAUUAAUUAGGGAUGGAGUAAUGGUAGGGUGCACUCCGUUGUGCAUCAAGUGAAGAUGGAGCCGACUAUAGAUCAAAUGAGAUACACUUUGGCGUUAUUUGCUUACGGUAAAGGGACAAUUCAAGUGGCUAAGGAGCUUAUUGAUGAUGAACAUCCCAUGUUGUUUAAGUCAUUUGAUAACUAUGAAUUGCUUAGGUUCUAUACUAAAGACCCA